AUGACGCGGUUGCUCAUCUUACCCGCGAUCUUCGCCGCAGCUUCCCUCACGCUAUGGUAUUUGAUAUGCUCGGCGCCCGGGUGGGAGAAUACGGCAGAUAGCCUCGCCUCUUUCGAACUCCCACAACAGUUCGAAAACUUCACAAUAUUGGCCGACCGGUUCGCCAAGUACAAAGAGGAGCACUACAGCUACAUCAGCACCGUGUUCAUCUACACCUAUCUGUACAAGCAGACGUUCGCCAUUCCGGGAUCGUUCUUUUUGAAUGUCAUCGCCGGCGCCGUGUUCGGCUUCUGGCCCGCCGUGGUGAUGUGCUGCUUCCUGACGACCGUCGGGUCGAGCUUGUGCUACCUGUUCUCAGAGUUGUUUGGCCGCGAGUACGUCCUCUACUACUUCGGCCAAAAGCUCACGUAUCUCCAGCAGAAGAUUGACGACAACUCGAAUCGUCUAAUCCCGUUCCUGCUGUUCGCCCGAAUAUUCCCGAUCUCCCCGUCAUGGUUGCUGAACAUCGUUGCGCCGUUUUUGAAUAUCCCACUGCGGAUAUUUGCCAUUACCGCCUUCUUUGGUUUGGCACCGUACAACAUCAUCUGCGUGCAGGCGGGCAUCAUCUUGGCCGACCUGAAGUCGUGGGACGAUAUUUUAAGUACGUCCACGAUUCUGAAGCUGUCGGCUUUCGCGCUGAUCCCGUUGUUUUGGACGUGUUUCGUGCGGCCGAAGCAGAACAGACAUAAGCUCAUCCAAGCCAUCGCCCAGGAGAAGCCGCGUCACAUGGAGAUCGUC